GUUUCCUGUGCGCAUGCGUAAUCGGCAUUUGUAACAGAGUACCUGUUGUAGGAUAUUCACAGGAUCUUCCGCUUGCAGUGUUUUGAUUCAAUAUUUCGUUUCUUUUAAAUAUUCUCCUGGUUGGACAUCGUUCGAGGUUAACUGGAACGUUUUGCAACGAACAGUUUUCUGCCUGGCAUACUGUAACAUCGGUAUGGGCGUCAUUUGGAUAAAUUUUCCGAUGGUUCUGCAUUGCUGAAACGCCAUGAUUCUGGACUCGGCUCUUUGAGAGUGCUGUUGAUUAAGUGUGUGUGUCAGGAGAGAUUCGGCGACAGUACACAUCGAUACGUGAAACGUUUACAGAUCACCAUGGAGACUAUAAAGAGGAGACUCAGUUUUCGGAAAAAGAAACCACACGUUCCAGAAUGUUCAAAACCUCACCAAUGGCAGGAAGAUGAGAAGAAGGUGCGCGACGGCACAUGCAGUUUCCAAGUCAGGUACCUGGGUUGCCUGGAGGUGUUCGAGUCACGAGGGAUGCAAGUAUGCGAAGAGGCUGUGAAAACGUUAAAAGCUCAAUGCCGAGGGAAGUACCAGCGAGCUAUCCUCUAUGUUUCUGGUGACGCCCUCAGAGUGGUGGAUGAGAUUAGUAAGAGCAUGAUUGUGGAUCAGACGAUAGAAAAAGUUUCGUUCUGUGCACCUGAUCGUAAUCAUGAAAAAGGUUUCGCAUACAUUUGUCGUGACGGCACCACCAGACGAUGGAUGUGCCACGGUUUUCUGGCCGUGAAAGAAUCCGUAAGUAGGUUCUUCAAAGCCCGACAUAGGAAUAGACGAUCAGGGGAGCGACUGAGCCAUGCAGUGGGCUGUGCCUUUGCGAUCUGUCUGGAGAGGAAGCAGAAACGAGACAAAGAGGUGACGACAAGUGUGACAGUGACCUACAGUCAGGACCGCACCAGCUUCACGAGAAUGGGCUCCUUCCGUCAGACCUCGCUUACAGAGAGGAUCACAGACCCGCAGAGUGCCAUUAUAGCAGAGCCAGUCCCUGUGAAAAAAGUAGACAACCCAUUUGCUGUUCAGAGACCUCGGGCUACACCAAACAUGAUACAGAGGCAGGGCUCAUUCAGGGGCUUUGAAAAUUUACAGGCAGAGUCAUCUCCCUUUAAACGCUCCGUUUCCUUACGACUUAACGACUUGCCAUCAACUCUACAGCGACAGAAUGCUGUCUAUGACACAUCGCCACCCAAAUCAUCUAACACAGGUAUAAAUGGGCCAAUACAAGAGAUGUCGCCAACUAAAGAGGAAGAGGACUCCAUCUCACAGAUGUGUCAGCAGCUCACCCGUGGGUUGUCUGCCCUUACUACUGAGGAUCCAUUUGCGGCGGCGCCAUCGUCAUCAUUCCAAAACCAACAAGCACCUCAGCCCCCUCAGGCCAGCAAUGCUCGCCAUCAGGCCAAUACUAUUCCAUCAGCAGCAGCAGCAGGCCAGCAAUCAUUCACGAUGGCAGGCCAUGCUCCUGCUAUGUUUGCCCAGCAAACAGGUGUGCCUGUACAACAGACCAACCCCUGGGCAUCACAGCCCAACCCAGCUGCCAGCAGAGUGCCAAACCAGACAGCAGACUUGUGGCCCCCAACAUCUACGAACCCCUUUGCGGGAGCACCUGUUGUCAAUGGCGUGCCUUCCGCCUCGAGUAGGUUCCCUCAGCCCCCACCUCGCACCUUAAACCAGACCCAUCCCCAUUUUCAACACACUCGAAGUCAUUCCAUAGACACUGGUGAGCUGUCUGCUGGUCACAACUGGGCCAUGCAACACCACCAACAAAAACCAACACUUUUAGAAAUGUCGGGCAAUCAGAGAAGCUUUCAACAAAACGGUAGCCCGUGGUCAAAUUCUGGUGCCAUGGCAGCCACAUCCUCGUCGACGCAAGGAGGCAAGGACGUUGUUGACCCAUUCGAUGUAGCAUGGGCAGCUAAAGCCUCGGGUAAACAGCACAACCCAUUUGCAUCUUCAAAUCCAAAGGCAUUUGAGGUCUAAGUUAUAGGACAUUUGAUAGUGUGUGUUAAGACAGAGGUCAAAUUAUCUUUCUAGGAAAAGUAUACCAAAAUGUGAUAUAGAUAUUGUGUAUCACUAUGUGGAAAAUAUUCAAAGUGAUGAAUACUGUGUAUCGCUAUAUCAGGUGAUUGUGUAUAUAUAUCACUGAACGAAGAGUACGAGGCAGGCCGUCAGAGGUACGGGCCCAUAGACACAUCUGUGGCUCGGCCUGGAUAGGUCUCAACCUGGACAGGACGUCAACUGUUUGACGAGGAGCAAAGUGUGAUGGUGUCUUUUCGUGUCAUUUGGAAAGUGCUGUAGUAAGCCAAGGCGAAGGCGGACAGAUAUUCGUUAAGAAAACAGACUUUAUAUUCAUCGUGAAUUCAGAGUAUUUACUGUAUAGACAGACAACAAAGCACCUAUUCAUCCAUCAUCAUUAUUGUUACCUGGGAGGUUGUAAUCAGAGAUGCCAAGGUAGACGGGGCCCGAUGUGAUAAAACAUAAUUCAGAUCUCCAAACAAUAUGUUUCAGAAAAUUUGAAUUCGAAAGAAAAUUGAGGGUUUAUUUAUCUUUAGAUCAAAUGAAGGAAAAAUGGAUUGUUAGAUGUCGGGUGAAGUCAAUUGUUUAAAAUUAUUUAUAAAAAUAUGAAGAAUCAGUUGUUUGUAAACUGAAGGUCCUUUGCCCUAGUGCAUCAUUUUCUGACAUGCUUCAGGUUUGUUUGUUGGCUGCGAGGUCUGGAUUCGCUGCUGGGCUUCUUCUGUGAUGCUAUUUUAAGAAAGAGAAUAAGUUUCAUUUGUCAUUAUCGCUUUCAUCAUCGAAACUAUAGUCAGCAACACCGUUAUUGUUUACACAACAUAGCAUAUGUACGGGCGUAAUGAUAAUAAUAACAAUGUUGGGGUCGUGUAUUAUGAAAUGCAAAAAUAUCCCGAUAUCAACACUGAAGGUUGACGAGGUAUCAUAUCAUUUUAACUUUUUAUCAAGGUUUGUGUUGAGCAUAGGUUUGUUGUAGGACUCAUUUACAUCCAUAUUUUAAACUGUUUACAUUAUAUAUAUGUUAUAUAUAUAUCAGCUAUAUAUCAUUAAAGUAGAUUUUAAACCUAUCAAAAGACUGUGAUUUGCAGCAGGCUGCCAGGGUAGUCUCCCUUGAAUGAACUGAUAAAUGUUCGAAACAUUGUCACAUAUGCUUAAUGUAAGACUCUGCCUUGUUGACAUUCAAGCACCCCUGAAAUUUCAUAAUGAACUAUUCCAACUUUUGAAUUGGAAGAGUUCAAAUGUGUCCUCAGGGGUGAAUGAGUUAACAUUCAAGAAAGGUCACUAUUUGUAUCUAGACAUGCAUGGAUGCUAUUCAUUUUACUGCCAUAAAUUGUCUAGAAAAGGGAGUUAAUAAGUUUUAUAACUUGUAUGAUAGUUGUUGUAAAAUGAAGUUAAAUUUUGAUAAAAUUCUAAUUUUAAAGCAACACAUCUGAAUAUAGUCUGCAGGAGUUAAAAGAAUUUUAUGGAAAAAAAAUCAGUUUCAAUUUUUACAUAGAUAUCAUUGAACUUUACUUUGAAGAAAAUUUUGAAAUAAAAUCUGGUUAUACAUCUUGAACAACAUCCUUUCAUCAGUUUCUUGUGACUUUGGCGGCAAGUUAGCAGGAGUCUUACAUGGAGCUUGUGUUGUACUUUUCCACGUUAGUUUUAAGUGGCUGGCAUAUGGUGUUAUGUUAUACACUGUAUUCUUUUUUCUUCAAUGAGAUUUAUAUAAUUAUCUUGAGUAGGGAUUUUAUUGUUAUCUUCUAUAAUUAGUUAUCAAAUUGUAAACAUGGCUUCCAUUUUUACUUUUUAUUGAAAAAUGAAAGUUUUUACAAUUUAUCUUAUUUUUUUCUUUUUCUUUUUGAAUUGAAUUUUAGUUUCAUUUUUUUCAUUCAUUGAAAGUUCUCUGUUUUUAAGCAUAACUCGUAGAGAUUUAUCAAAAAAAGACUGUCCAUACAAUGGUUUUCAAGGUUGUGCAAAGUUGUCUCCCCUUUAGAAGUUUUUUUUAAUUGGAGGGCAAAAUUUAAUAAAUUACGUGUAUUUAGGUAUUCUGGUUAGUAAAAGUGUGAUGGUUUGCAAUCGCUGCAUUUAACUGGACCUAGAUUGGUGAAUAUUGUAAUAGGGAGUUAUAUUCACAAAGAUAAUUGCAAUAAAGAUAUAAUAAGAUCACCUUUAAUUGUAUAUAUGCCAGUUCAGUAUCUUGUAUUAUCACCUACCAUCCAUACAAUUACUAACAUAGAAAACAAUGUGUUUAUAAGGUCAGUGUUUGUGUAUCCAAUUUUACUGAUACACAUAUCUUUUUAUGAUAAAUACGGUUGUUUAUUAUUUGUUAUUAAAAAAAUAGCUCUACGAUUCAACUGAUGAAAUUAAACUCAUGCACCCCUGAAGACACAUUUGAACUCUUCCAGCUCAAAGGUUGGAACAGUUCAUUAUGAAGCUUCAGGGGUGAAGGAG